AUGGGCAUGACUGAGGCGCGAGACGAGGCCGACCGCCACUUGGCGGCCUCGGACCGGUUAACCGGCAUGUUGGAGAAGCAUCGUCGUCUCUACGACGACAUCUUGAAGCUGGCGCGCCUCUUGGACUCUGAGCUGUCGGCGCCCGACCUGCUGGCGCCCGAGAGCUCGGGCGCGAGCCCGGGCCCGGACUCGAACUCGAGCUGCACGGGCCGGUUGAUGAUGAUGAACAACAACGCCAAGAAGAAGGCCGGCGCUCGUCGCGCUCGGCCGGCGCCGGCCCGGCAGAAGGACAAGGGCGAGGCCGGCGGAGCCGCGGCUCCCUUCGCCUCGCCCAUCUCGGCCGUCGACUGUCAAGGCGCCACGAAGAUCCUGUUCGCCCGGACGGACGGGCUGACGGCUCGCCUGAUGGCGUCGCCGUCGGGCGGGGUCGCGAGGACUCGCGAGACCGAGGUGCAGGCGCAGCUCGGCUGGCCGCAGUUCAGCACCGGCUUGGCCAACGGCCGAGACCGGCUGCGCGUCAACAUCGACUUCCGCCUGCUGCCGGAGCCCAGCACGUCGGAGAGCUGCGAUGACGAAGAGCCGGCGCUCGGCCGACUCGUCAGUCCGGCGAGUCCGCGCACUCCGCGCAGCCUGCUCGGCUGCCCGGCGCCGCCGGGCUCGCCGGCCUCGCUCGUCUCGCCGUCGACGCCCGAGGCCACCUUCCGGCCGGACAAGGGCUUCCAGGCCCAGCUGGGCCCCGCCUAUCCGGACGGCCGCAACCUGUUCAUCUGGAGCCUGUCCGGCUUCACGGCCGUCUGCCAGCUCAGCCUGCACCCCUGGAGCGAGGCCUUCCAUCUGGGCAGUCCGGGCUAUUGUCUGCAGGCCAAGGUCGAGCUGACCACCGACCAUCUCGGCCUCUUC